AUGUCCACCGAAGACCUCAUCCCUCCAAACUCCUUCUCCUUCCCAGAAAACAUCAAACUCGACCUUCACGACCUAGUCGUCAUCCUCCUCCGUGAACGCCUCCUCUCCGACACUCGUUUCCCCCACGCACGUCUCUUAGAAACCUGCGACGGCUCUCAUCCACCCUCUCACGUCCCACAAAACUCCCAAGAGUCAUUUCGCCUCAGAGACACACCCAAAGUCGGUUAUUUUCUAUUAAAUAACUCAAAUGGAAAAGACGGUGCAGCCGAAGGCGAGGGAGGACCCAACGCGGAACCGAGUACUUUCUUACAUGAAAAAGCGAAACCGUAUACGGAUCUUGAAGAGGACGAGGUAGAGACUGCCUUUUGGAGAGUUAAGAACCACGAUAGUGGCUAUAUGCUUCAUCAUGCAUUACAACUCGUCCUAGAUUCACUCCCCAAGUCUACAAAAUUACGUAUACGAACACCUGACGGCUUCGAAUUCUCAUGCAGUGCUCAGUCAUUCGCAGUCGCCGAGAUGGAUAUACUCCCAAAGGAACUCGUAUACAUCAACAACAUGGAACGACUAGAACACGAAGAGAAGCAUAUAGAAAUGGCAAUGGAUCAAUACGUCUUUGCUGAAAAACACGUUAGCGAACCGUGGGUCUACCUCGUGUUUGGCAAGACCAACGAUCUACCAACCAAAAGACGCAACACUCAAUGCGUCGCACUUGACAUAAACGCAUCAGUUCUCGGAUUACGCGGGAGCGCGGGAGAACCCUUCGUGAUGGAACGUCGGAAAACUUAUCACGAACAAUUAUUACCACGCGUAGCUGAAGAAGACCUCGAACUCAACCAAUCCCAACGCAUAUACGCUAUAAAUCUCGAAGAUUCGGGACCUGCUGCGGAACUCGCGAAACGUAUCCUCUCGCGACUGGAAAGGAUUACUCGAGGCGAAGAACGAUACUGCUCUUAUUGUGGCAAAACAGCUCCUAAAUCUCAGUGCUCCAAGUGUCGAGGGAAGUCCCAAUACUGUGGAAGUUUAUGCCAGAGAAAAGCAUGGUCGUAUCAUAAAAGAUGGUGUAAAAUUGACGCAGCCGCAGCGGACUUGCCAAAACUUGAAAAUGAUGUCGAAAUGAAAUGA